AUGUCGGCCAGUCAUGCCUCCCCCGAUUACUCUCAUCCGCAGUUCCCAGCCCAUAAUGAGCCCCGGGUAUGGGUGAUUACCGCUGGCGAUUCUCCCAUUGGGAUCUCGGUCGCUCGUCAGAUUCUGGCGCAUGGGGAUUGCGCCUUAGUUGGACUAUCCUACACCGAUCCAGAGCAGGACGAGGACCGUCGUGAAGGAUUUGAUGCCUUUCUGGCCGAAAUCGAGAGUCAUCGCGACGACGGGUGGGGGCGGCGAUUCAAGUCGGCACUGUUGGACAUAAGGGUGGUGGGAGAAUGUCAAGCUGUGAUCGCGGAAGCUGUUGCGACCUUUGGAAGAAUCGAUAUUCUUCUUUGCUGUACAAGCCAAGCACUUAUCGGGACAGUAGAAGAGCUGUCAGCCUCUCAGCAGGCCCUGAACCUGGUCCGGGACCAGUUCGAGACCAACUAUUUUGGACCUCUCAACAUCAUCAAAGCAGCGCUGCCUCAUAUGAGGAGACAACAAUCCGGACAUGUCAUGGUGAUUUCUGGAAUUACAGCUCAUAUUGGCACACCGGGGCUGGGGAUGUACUGCGCAGCGGGUUGGGCACUAGAAGGCUUCUGCGAUAGCCUUGCAUACGAGAUCGCUCCAUUCAACAUCAAGCUCACGAUCUUCCAGUGCAGCAUUGAAAUCGGCAUUCUCACGAACUUGAUCACCAGCGUGCCUCCCAUCGUUCCCGCGUACUCGCCCAGCGUGAACCAUGCACCUCUGUUCCGCGGGAUCCUUAACCGACUUGUGCCUCGUUUGCCUCAUACCCAGGCCGGGAUGGACAACUCCCAACGCAGUAGCCAAGGCUCCUCCACCGAAGACGGGCCCUUUUCGCGCCCCGAAGUUCUAUCAACAUAUCCUCCACUAAGUUCGGCACAUAUGGAGGUCCUGGUUGCGGAAACAGUCUACGCCAUCACUGCUAUUGGAGGGCAUGACAAUCCCCCCUCUCGUCAUAUCGUCGGACAAGAAGGCGUUGCAAGUGUCAAAGAAAAGCUGAAGACCGUCAGCGAAGAAUUGGAAGAAUUCAUCCAGUCGAGUUUUGCCGUUGACUACGCGGCCGAUGAGGAUCAAGCCCGAGUUUCAAGGGACGAUAAUAUAGGUGGGUUCAGCCGUUGA